GGCAAAAUGUCCAAGUUGACUCUUUAUGGCACUGAGGCCAGUCCCCCAGUUCGGGCAGCCAAGUUGACCUUGGCCGCCCUUGACGUCCCCUACGAAUACGUGAAAGUAAACACCCUGGCCAAGGAGACCCUUUCCCCGGAGUUCCUCCAGAAGAAUCCCCAGCACACGGUGCCCACGCUGGAGGACGAUGGCCACUGCAUCUGGGACUCGCAUGCCAUUAGUGCCUAUCUGGUGUCCAAGUAUGGCCAGAGCGACAGCCUCUACCCGAGAGAUCUGCUCCAGCGGGCUGUGGUGGAUCAGCGCCUGCACUUCGAGUCGGGUGUGGUUUUUGCCGGCGGGCUGAGAAGCAUCACCAAGCCGCUUUUCGCCUCUGGCCAGACGACGAUUCCUAAGGAGCGCCACGAUGCCGUCUUAGAGAUCUACGACUUUGUGGAGACUUUCCUUACCGGGCACGACUACAUCGCCGGCAAUCAGCUGACGAUUGCGGACUUUAGCCUCGUCACAUCGAUCACCGCGCUGGCAGUAUUUGUGGACAUCGAUCCAGUAAAAUAUCCGAAAGUCACUGCCUGGAUCAAGCGGCUAGAAACACUACCUUACUUCGAGGAGGCCAAUGGCAAGGGAGCCCGCGAGUUGGUGGCCCUCCUUAGGAAUUUCCACUUUACCAUCGCAUCUUAAAAUUAUUUACUUAAUUUAUAAACAGCUUAUUUGUUAGCUUUUUACAAAAAAGCUAUCAUUAAAAAAAUACUGAAAGAUAUUAUAGGGUAUCUGAUAGUCGUGACCUAAGCGUUUCUUCGUGGUAAUAAAAGCGGUAAACAAA